GUCUGGGUGGGUGGUGGAGGCAUGACUUUGAUGUCCGUAUCUUGUCCCUCACCCCUUCCUCUCUGAUGUUGCUGCCCUGCUUUGCUUCCCUGCUGCCAUGAACUGAGCAGCUUUGCUGCACUGUACCCUUCUGCCACGAAGUUUGUGCUUUGGAGCCUGCCGAUCAUGGACCAAAUCCUCCGAAACCAUGAGCCAAAUCGAACCUCUUCUUUAAGUUGUGGGUAUCAGCAUGGUGUCCAGCAACAAGAAGGCCAAACAGAAAAUUGGUACAAGCAGUGUGGUAUUUGCUGAGACUGUGCCUGACCAUGUGAUUUAGAAGCCUUUGGAACUUGUUUGCAGGACAGGUUUGGAAAGGUGUGGAGACAGGGCUAGAGAAGCAAUAGAAUGCUGUGUGCAGAGCCAGAUGGGUGAUUCUCAUCAGAGGUUAGAAGACCAGAUGCAUAUAGAUAUGCAGACAGUAAAAUACCAGGCUCAGGAAGUUUCAUUUGGGAAUAAGAAUUUCAUUGACAGUUGGCCUAGAGCCCAUGUGUGUUACACUCUGGUAAAAAAUUUGUCUACGUUUUGCCUGUGUCCUAAAACCUUGUGGGAGACUGAGAUUAAGGGUAGUAGACUGAUACGGCAGAGGAAAUUUUAAUGUAGUCCAACAUUCAGGUAGUGGCAUGGGAACUGCUGACUGCCUGUAGCCAGGUUUAUGGUGUAAAUUGAUCAGAAAAGAGCAGAAAAAUUUGAAGAACAUAAAUUUUGGUCUCAAAGCAAGCAUAUAAAGUUGAAGCCAAAGGAGGAGCUGUUGCUGAGGAUAUUAAUGCCAUUAAAAAUAAACCAAUUACCUUUUACAGGACCAAGAAAAAAAGAUGGUAUUGAGGGACAUCUCAGAAAUCAGCAAGACCACAUCUAACAAAGACUCAAGAGUGUACAUGCAAAAAACCUUUCCUUUGAGAAGAGAGUCCCUGGGACCCCUGCUCAAGAAGGUCCUCCUAGGGAAUUGGUUCCCCAAGAUUUAUUUCACUAUGCUUAGCUAUCUAGGCACUUGGCAACCACUGCACUCAUAAUCCAAAGGACGCUGGUUCCUGCUGCUGACACCAUGCCUUGGCAUCAUCCACAUAAUGGUGAUUUUACCUGGAUGCAGAAUGUAAUGGUUGUGGGCUCAGGUUUCCACCCAUGUUUCAAAGGAAGGCCCUGGAGGCCAGGGAAGGAGUCACUGAGGGGUCAUGUGUCACACUAUGGGAAUGAAAGCAAAGGUGGCGUGUAGACCCUGGGAACUUCAAGAUGCCAGAAACAUGGAACAUCUACUAAGGAAAGCUGUAAAUCAUGAGUUGAACCAGCUCAAGAGGGGCUUUGUAGGCUACAAACAGCAAGGCCAAAGGGAUAGGGCCACUCAAGUUCUCUGGACCUCUUAUGGUGUGUCACCAUCAUGCAUCUUGCAUGCUGGAUGCAGAGCUAAAAAACUUAAUGGUCUUCAAGUUUUUUGUUGCAUCCUGCGCAGCUCUUGAAGUUCUGAGGGGUUGGGAGGUGACAGGAUGGAAAAAAUAAGCUAAGAGACAAAAGCUUAGGUCUGGUGGAGCCCUCUAGUUGGGAGAAAGAAACUGCUCAACCACUAUAGGGGCAUUUAUACAUUUGACAAAGUUGGUGUCACAUGACACAGCUUUGCCUAGCAACUGAUUGUUUGGAUUGGCCUGGGGCUUGGUGUUCUCUAGACUACAGCAGCUUGAUCACUUGGCUUGCCUCAGUGAACGUUGUAUCAAUGUUACAGGAAUUCUGGGAAAGCAAGCAGCAGCAGAAGGCCACCUUCCCAAGUGAAGGCGUGGUGGUCUACGAGUCUCUGCCGUCUUCUGGGCCUCCCUUUGUGAGUUACGUGACGCUCCCAGGAGGGAGCUGCUUUGGCAACUUUCAGUGCUGCUUAAGUAGGGCUGAGGCCAGACGGGAUGCAGCCAAAGUGGCCCUGAUCAACUCCCUCUUCAAUGAGCUCCCCUCGCGCAGGAUCACCAAGGAGUUCAUUAUGGAAAGCGUUCAGGAAGCAGUGGCCUCCACCAGUGGCACUUUAGAUGAUGCGGAUGACCCCAGCACGAGCAUCGGCGCCUAUCACUACAUGUUGGAGUCAAAUAUGGGCAAGACCAUGCUGGAGUUUCAGGAGCUGAUGACCAUUUUCCAACUACUGCACUGGAAUGGAAGUCUCAAGGCUCUUCGUGAAACAAAGUGUUCUCGACAGGAAGUCAUCUCCUACUAUUCCCAAUAUUCCCUCGAUGAAAAGAUGCGCAGCCACAUGGCCCUAGACUGGAUCAUGAAGGAGCGGGAAUCACCAGGAAUUCUCUCCCAAGAGCUACGAAUGGCCCUGAGGCAACUGGAGGAAGCCAGGAAAGCAGGCCAGGAACUGCGAUUUUACAAAGAAAAGAAAGAAAUUCUGAGCUUGGCCCUUACUCAGAUCUACAGUGACCCCGACCCUUCCUCGCCCAGUGAUGACCAGCUGAGCCUCACGGCCCUGUGUGGCUAUCACUAACAAGGCCAAGUCCCAGGUGCCCUGGGACUCUAACCUUAGGAAGCUCUUUGCAGGAGGUCCUCAGAGGCGACCUGACGCUGUACAACCCCCCAGGCAUGCAUCCAUCUCAGAAUGUGAGUUGCAGAACUCUUACCAAACCUUGCAUCCCACUCUACCCAUUUUCCCAUCACACACUCGGCAGAACCAUCUCAGGAUGAAAACAAGAUUGUUUGAAAAUAGUUUCCAGGGCUGGCUCCACUUUAAAGCCUAGCUGGCAUGUACCUUGCUAGAUUCUAAAUGUUGUUUCCAAGGAUGGGCCAUGAUCGCACCCUCCAAAAAAAGAGCCCAUCCUCCAAGACUAGGAGUAACAUGAUAACAAUUUUGAAGUACAUGGUAUUAAAUAAACAAUAUGAAUGUUUUAAAAUAUA